UUAGCUGCCACCCUCUUCUUUCCCUCUUCGUGAGCCUAGAAUGUCCCACAGGCGGAGAUGCAUGGAACUUCAGCCCAGUGGGAACUGACAACGGGGACAGGCUCAUUUUUGUCUCCCUGAUACCUUAGGGCAGCUAAAGGGUUUGGCGGAAAAACAGAUAACCGAAUCAACGAAUUAAAGGAAUAAAAUACAAAAUUGCAAGUUCUCGAAAAGAAUACUCCUUGAGACAACAUGAUCUUGCGGUGGAUUCUGACUUGGUGUCUCCUCCUGCGGUCGGCGUUUACAGGUCCGAUACCUGAAAUGCUCUGUGUGCUGUCACCGGUAACGGAAUCUCACCCAGUCCAAGCAUUACUGGAAAGUUUUACGGUUUUGUCUGGUUGUGCGAGUAAAGGAACAGAAAGCCAUCCACAAGAGGUGCACAUCGUAAAUCUGAAAUGUGCAGUGGAAGACCUCUGUCAAAAUGAAAAACAUAUUACGUUACAUUUAUCUCCAAUCUUAUCCAUCGCUGUUCACCAGAAACCAUUAGUGUUCCUUCUAAACUCCCCACAUCCUGUGACCUGGGAGCUAAAGACAGAAGGACUUGCUGUGGGCAUUCAAAGGUUUUUCUUUGUGUCUAAAGGAUCGUCUGUUAAGUUUGACGAAGAGCAUGUCUUCUUAUCAGCACAAACAGAUGAACGAGACCUACCCACGGGGAAUGAGCUUCUGCUGCAGUGGGCUCAGAAGAACUAUGAAGCUGUAACAUCUUUCACAGAAGUCAAAUUUUCCAAAAAUAUUUACAUCAAACUGGGUGAAGAUUCCACUUUUCCUUCAACGUGUAAAAUAGGAAAGAGCUUUCUGUCUCUAAAUUACCUUGCAAGUUAUGUCCAGACCCAGCCAGCUCAGGGCUGCAUGCCAUCAAUGACUACGGAGAAAAUAGCAGUUCAUAUCAUAGAGUUGGACUCCCCGAGCUCCACACCAUACAGCUCAUUCCAGGUGGACAUAAUUAUUGACAUCAGACCCUUCCAUCCUGAUGCUAAGCUUGAAAAAAACAUUGUUCUUAUCCUCAAAUGCGGAACGGCAGUCAACUGGGUCAUCAAAGCUCAUGACAUUAAAGGAAAACUGGAAGUAUUGAGCCCAAACAGUAUAAGCUUUGGGAAAGAGAUCGAUAAGGAUUUGUUCACAAGCAAGCAUGUGGAUUCGAGCAUCCCCUCAGCCAAGGAGAACCUGGUAAAGUGGGCUAUGGAUAACGGAUAUUCUGAAGUGUCUUCCUUUACACAUGCUCCUGUGGCAAACAGAUUCCAAAUCAAACUACUUAAUGACAAAGUGAUGAGUGAUGAAGAUAAGCCCAUGCUUCCUCCAGAGCUGACUGAUCUUUUGCAGCUCAAUAAGCAAGAUGGCGGCUUCCAUUCAUCACGUGGAAGUUUUCCGUUUCCGUUGCCUAAAGACAGAGGGAGAGAGAUGCUAGAUGAACUACCAGUCAUUGAUGGGCUCCCGCAAGAACCUGAAGAAGCACAGGGAAAUAUUAAUGUGGCUCUUUCUGUGAAAUGUGACCAUGAUAUGAUGGUGGCAACCAUUGAGAAGGAAAGUUUCCAGGCUAAUGGAUACAUAGGCACAGAGCUUUCACUCCUCGAUCCAACGUGCAGAGCAACAGAAAAUGGCACUCAUUUUAUCUUAAAGUCCUCACUGACCGGAUGUGGAACACAGCAUAACAUUGAUGACUCAAUAAACAUUGUUUACUACAACACUAUUGUUAUUCAGCUGUCCCCAGCCACUGAGGGAAGUGGCUGGAGCAGUGAUUACGAGGAUAUGGAAUCUGGAGAUAGCCCUUUUCCGGGAGACACAGAUGAAACUGAAAUAGGUCUUCCCUACUUCAAGAGGCCUGAAAUUGUGGUGUUCAACUGUACAGUGCCACAGGAUACAGAAACUUCUCUAGACCUGUUUCCGGAUGGAUCUCUACAUUCCGUUAUGAGCAAUGUCACUUUUAAUAUGGACCUCUACAAAACAGAUUUGUUCCUGACCCCUACUCAGAAAUUCUUUUCUGUUGCCGAAAAUGGACAGGUUUAUGUAGAGGUUUCAGUAACAAAAGCAGACAAGGAUCUGGGAUUUGCCAUACAGACCUGCUUUAUAUCUCAACACUCCAGUCCUGACAUCAUGUCAGAAUAUACAAUCAUAGAGAACAUCUGUCCUAAAGAUGAGUCAGUUAAAUUUUACAAGGUUAAACGGAUGAGUUUCCCUACUCUACAGGAACAAACGGACAAGAAGAGAUUCAGCUUCAUGUUUAAACCCAUGUUUAACACGUCUCUGCUCUUUCUGCACUGCGACGUUACCUUGUGCUCUACUAAUGACAGAGAGGUGGAUGGCCUUCUCAAGUGCAUUGACCCUGACGAAGCAUGUACGUCCCUCAAUUUGAAAAUGAUCAUGGCAAUGAUGCAUAAUAAGAAGACAUUUACUAAACCUUUGGCAGUAAUUACAAGUGAUUCAGAAGAUUCUGCAAAUACAAACGCUAAAAGUGGUCCACCAGUCAUCUUCUACGGUCUGGAUACACCAACUGUAGUAGGGAUUGCGUUUGCAGGAUUCAUCAUCGGCGCACUUCUGACAGGAGCAUUGUGGUACAUUUAUUCUCAUACAGGUGAUACGGCAGGACGGCAGCAGGUCCCCACAACCCCACCAGCUUCAGAAAACAGCAGCGCGGCACACAGUAUUGGAAGCACACAAAGCACCCCCUGUUCCAGUAACAGCACCACCUAACCAAAGCCACAGGAAAACCGAAGAUCAACGUUUAGGGCAGAGGUUUAAAGUCGCUGUUUGUUGACAUUAGCUCUCUAGCUAAAGGAAUCAUUUGGUUCCUUUCUGAAAGGGAAAAGGGAUCUCAGUGUAAUAUCUCCUGUUUUUUUCUUUUUUUUCUUUUGGUUUAAGGCAGUCGUUGAGCCUGUCCAAAACAUGCCAUGCCAAAAGAGUGGUAAAACUACUAAUUAUGCAGUUGAUGAAUCUGCAGUAAGAGUGCCUUAGCUCUCAAUGUGAAUUGUGUGCCAGUUUUAAGAAUGCUGCUUUUAUAUCAUUCUUUCAUCUUGUAUUUAGGGUCCUUGGGCUUGUGUGCCUGUGUAUACAUACGUUUGUAUACACAAAAGUUAUGUUUGUGACAAAAAAAAAAAUGCUUUUAUAAGUAGAACUGGGUGCAUUAAGCUGCCAUGGAACCUACAAUACAAUAUAAAAUAUCUAGCCACUACAAUAUAGCACUUUCUGUCUGUAACGUGCUUUGAAAGCUGUCUCUGUAUUUUAUGUGCGACUGGCGUGUCUCUGUGUUGCUUUGUUAACAUCAUUGUUUCUGUUGCAAUGGCUAAUAUUGCCCUUUGAUUUGACUCUGAACAUCUGCCUGCUUUGAACUCACAUCCAGUUUAUUAUGUCUUAUUACUAAUUUAGAGACAGUCCCGCAUAGAUACAACUCUGCUUAAUGUGUCUGCCUCGUGCACUUGGAAAAACACUUUGCUGUCCAAGUGACUCUUCGCAGGAGAAGAUUUCCAAUUCUCCUCUACUCCGUUCUUCUUAUAGUGAUUCAGGGCAGCGGAGAACAAAAUCAUCUCCACUUAUAACCUUUUGGAUGAUUUGCAAUUUCAAAGUGGGGCAGUUCAAAGUCCAAAAGCCUUUUUUUUUUUUUUCAUUAUUUUUUUUUAUUUUAUUCAGAGGAGGAUGCAGUCUAUUGCAGAGCAAUACGUUGCAUACUCCAAAUUAUUAGCUAGACUGAUUGGGGGUAUUUAAAAGUACCUACAUCAAGGGCUGGUUUGAAUGUAUAAAUAGAACCUGGAAUGUUGGUGAAAUAAUUCUCAGAUUCUUUUACUUUUUUUUAUUUUGUUUGGAACAAGAUAAUCUUUAUAGGAUAUUUGGAAGGGUAAGAGGACUCUUAAGUGUAUAUAGGGUUUCACCAACUUUUAACCAGUGUUUUCUUCCCCUUGGUGAAUUCUUAUGGUCACUAAAAUGAGAAACAUUUAGGAUUGUGUAUGUUUUAUAAGGAAUAUUUCACAUUAUUUUCAUCAUUAAUGGGAUACCAUUAAGGAAAAACUAGGCAAGUGCCUAUGUUAAAAUUAAAAGCGUACACACAACAAGGUUUACGUUUUGAAAUAUAGUUAAAAGCCAAUGUAUUAUGUUGUGUGUGAACAGGUGUUUAAAUCCCAUAUUUGAAGGAAUGUGACAUUUCUACAUUUAUGUUCUAUUGAUAACAUUUAUUGAUGUUAUUGAAACAUCUGGUGCAUCUCGUAUCAGACAAAAUUGAGUAUUUCACAUUAGCAUACAUAUAACUCCGUUCGAUGACAAUACUGAAAAAAAAAUCUUUGUCAUUCUGGUAACCCAGAUAUGGCCUGCAGCUGAGAACCCAAACAGAUUCUACAGACUGCAUUUGUAAAAUCUGUGCAACUUGGCUGUUCAGAAUUAGCACCAAAAGGAGUUAAAUAUGAGCACCAUCUGCAUUUUAUUGUUCAAAGUAUUAUUUUUUUUUUCAAUUGCAUUUACAUUUCCACUUUGUGAUCACCAAGUCUGCUGUAAAACUGUUCCUUUUAACUGAAGAAUUUAUAGAAGUUUUAAUUUGGUUUUGAGUCUAGCACGAGGAACAUGGAAUUUUAGACUGCUGCCUUUGGCAUUGUGCAAUGUUUGCUGUUAAGUUCAAGUUUGAAAAGACUCAUCUUGUUUGUGACAUGCAAAACACAUGCUGCCUUGAAAGUGACCCGAGACAAGCUUGACUGGUGUGAUCCAUUCAGAUCCCCUGUGGCUUACUUAACACAGCUGUAUUUUCUAUUGCCUGGAACGGGUAAUAGGGUAAUACUGUUAAAAGACGUUACACUGACCAGGAUAUGUGACUGGGAACAAACCAGAAUUGCAACUAAAGGCUAGUUUUAUUUUACAGACCCUGACCCAAUUAUAAGGCCGGUAGAACGUUCUGAACCUCAGAAACAGGAUGAGCUAAUCCAGCUUCCCUGAAAGAGACCUUCCAACCACAGUUCUACAACAUGUUUACGUGUUCAUUGCUGGGCCUCUGGGGCUUAGAUCUUACACCAUGGCAUGACAAGCAGUCUUUACCAAAAUUAAUCUCCAUCACCAAUUGUUAAAUCACCUACCUUGUUAGUUCACCUAAGAUCAAAACUACCCACUAAUAUUAGGGCAACUUGUUCAGGGAUGUUUGGAGGCAUGACGAAGAUGUACUUCAUUGAAGGUCCAAAAGCAAAACUUUGUAGUAUAUGGUGUACAGCUCUUUUUGCACCCUGAACUGGCUGGCUUUCCAGUUCAGAAAUAAGUGUACACUAUUAUUUUAUACGUAAUAUAUGCAAAUGAAAAUUUAGCCCUGGGGAGUAGAAAUUCAUCAGAUAUAAUGGUGAUUACCAUAGCAAACGGUUACUUAAAUAAUCAGUGUACCAUUGGAAAUUCUUACCCAUUACCCAUUCCAAGAGUUUUAUUUUGACAUCUCAACAUUUUUCACAAAGUUUGUGAUCACAUUUGUAAAUAUCAAGUGGACAUUAAGAAAUAUACUUUGAACAAGGCGGAACAAGUGUUGAGUUACUGCUUUUAGUGGUUCUUUUCUCAGUACGUAUUCAGCCACGGCUUGUUAGGUUUUGCCUGGGGCAUAAUGCAGCCACCGGUCUGUAGUCCAAUUCCAUGGGAUGACAGUGUUAUUUGGUCUUAUCUUUAAGAAAUCAGACAAAAUAAAAGCUUGCCCUUUAGCUUCCAGAGGGGAAAUCAUUUGGUUUGAUUGUAGUAACCCUCCCCAGAGGAAGUCAAAGGAUUAGUUAUAAGCUACCUGUGUUUUGGACAAUCAAGCGCUUUGCCUAAGAUGCAACUGAAUGUAUUUUACAAGUAAAAUCUUUGUACAAAAAUUUAAAAAAAAUACAAAAACAAAAAAAGAAAAGAUAACUUUUUUUUAAAUGUCUUCAAAGAAGACCUGAUUCUAUACCAGGGGUUGGCAACCUUCGGCACUCCAGAUGUUGUUGACUACAUCUCCCAUUAUGCUUUGCCAGCAUUAUGGAUGUAAUAGCAUUAUGGGAAAUGUAGUACAAAACAUCUGGAGGGAUAGGAAGCCGAAGGUUGCCCAGCCCUGUUCUAUACCAUUCUUAUAGCUAUAUUUUACUACAGUAUAUAUAAAGAUUAUAUUUAAAUUGGUUAAGGUUAAUGUUACUCUGUAAGAUUGUCUGUUUUUUGUUGUUUUUUUAAUUCAAUUACUGUGAAUUUUAACACCCCCUGUAUAAAUCCCUUCUCCCCACAACCCUCCAACACAGUCCAUCUCAUUUUCUAGAAUUCUCGAAAAUGGAGAGUUUAAAUAUGGGUUGGAUAAAAAAAUUAAAAAAAAAAUGUAAACACUUUAAAUGUAUAUUUUUGCGAGAGAAAGUUUGUAUUAUCAAUAAUUGUACUUAAAUUUUCAAAAUUAUAUAAAUAUAUAUACAAAUUUAUAUUUACAGAGAAAUAAAAAGCAGUGCAUAUUUUAUUCAAAAUGUAUAUGACAGAUCACCUUCAAUUUAUUGGUAUAUACUGUGUGUAGAGAUUGUAUGUUUAAGAAUUCUUUAUUGAGUUUAAUGUAAAUUUUACACAUAUGUAAAUGUGAAUGUGUGUUUAAUAUUCAUCUGUCAUCAGAUACCACUUAUAUAUACAUCUCAUGUCACGUGGAUGUUCCUGAAGCUGGAACACUGAACACUUCUAUGAUGGAAAAAAAAGAUUGUUAAAAAUAAAUAAAAAAUGAGCAGCAGUAUUAGAAAAUUCCUACUCUGUCGCUAAUAUACUUGAAUGGCACCUUGCCAUUUCUCCUACCCAAUACAGUUUUUAAAAAAAAAUCCAAGCCUUGCUGCACCCUUUUUUACUUUUGUGAUCCCACUGAUGCAAGAACAGUUAGCUUUUCUUUAAAAGCUAACUUAAAGUGAGUCCAGCACGCCUGAUUUAGAAACAAGAUCCCCCUUGCUGAUUCUUCUAAGCUUCAAAUGUCAGCUGUCUGCGUGGGCCUUUAUCAAGGUUGAUGAAGACCCCCACAUAGAGUAGAAACAUUGCUCCUUAUGAAUACACAAUAAUGGCAUCACUUAUCCUAAAAAGAAAGGAGUAGAGACUUUUUAAAAUGUGUUGAUUACUGUUUGAUUGGAUGAGACUGAAGAAUUCUUUUAACAGACUAUAUUGAGGUGCUAGCCUAUUUUAAUUGAUUCCAAGCCCAAUCCAGAACUAAAGUGUGAGUCUGGGUCAUCACUAUUAGUGAUCUGGUGAUAUGUUCCAUAACCAUGUCCAUCCUAAAUUAAAUAUUUUACGUUAUGUUUGUUUCUUUCUUACAUUUACUGCCAUUAUUCUUUAUCAUUUUACACAUCGUACUGUUGACUAUGAAAACAAUAUGCGCUCUGUGCAAAGAAAUAACAUGUAGAAGGGACAUACUGUUAUAUUGUGGAAGUAUGGAAGUAUGUCAUUAUAAAGAAAAACAUGAAAUAAUGCAAUGUGACUUUAAUUCAGUGUUGCAAAUACUGUGUGUUGUGAUGAAUUCUUGCUAGCUCUUUCACUAGAGCUAGUACAAUGGAGACGGUCUUAAUCAUACCCUAUAAAUGUGCAACACGGUAAGAGGCAAUAGUGUAAAACGUAAAGUCAAAGGAGUACUGUACACAAGUACGUUUAUGUGGGAGCUCUGCGGAUGGGCGUCCGCAGCCCACCAGGAACUACAAGAAAUGGAGUUCCACAGGCAUCACAAUGGAGAGUGAAGGCAAAAAAUGUAUAUUUAUUGGAGAUCAAAAAGGACAAAAAAAAAAUUAUACAAAAAAGAUUAGUCAUUAGUCAUGCCUUAGUCAUGUAAUAGUGUAAAACGGUUUGUAUAAGGCAGGGAUGCCCAACAGGUAGAUCCCCAGAUGUUACAGAACUGCCUUUAGAAUGCUUUUAGAAUGACAAAGCAUCAAAGGAGUUGUAGUUCUACAACAUCUGGGGAUGUACCUGUUGGGCAGCCCUGGUAUAAGGUAUUACACAAAGUUAGUAGGCUCACAGUCAGGAUUCCAUUAGAUGUAGAAUUAAGGAAAAAGCACUGUGGCAUACCUAGUAUGUAAUCCAGAGAGUGGCCGAGGUGGUGCAUACAAUAUUUUAGCUCCCGCAUUAUUGCGAUGUUGACUAUUCUGCUCUAGUAUUUCCACCGUGAUACGAGAGGAUACAAUUAUUAUCUCCUAGUACUGCUGCUCAGUAAACUGAAUAUCAAUAAAUAAAUAGAUUUAUUUAGCUGACCUUUUUAUGAGAUGUUUGGAACUAUUCAUGUACAAUAUAUUCCAUGUCUAAAAGAAGUGAACGUUCUAUACACACUUUGAAAAACACAAACAUGUUACUUUUAUCCUCUUGUUACAUUUUUUAAAAAAAAAAAGAAAUAAAUAAAAAUGAUUAUAAAAAAGACUACCUAUGCAUGGCUUAUCUGCACUUCUAUAAAAUUGCUUUUCAUGAAGAUUCACAGUUAUAACAAUAGACAAAUGCUUAUUAAAAUGCACUUUUUGCACUUGUGUUUAUUAUUAAUGAGGCUUGAAAUCAGAAUCAGAGAGAACAUAACGUCCCCAAAGGUCAGAGAUAUCUUUGUUUGCAUUAAAAAUGCAAUUCAUUACGUUACACUAUUGCUGUGUAGACAAGGUUCAAUGUGUGUGUUCUGCCUCCUACAGAACGCCUGUGAUGGGUACAGUAAUUCACCCAUAAAGGGCACUAUUUAUCUGUUUUCAAAUUCCACAGCAGUGAAAAGCUGCAAUAUGAUGUCUGCGUCGAUGGCAAAUUCCCUCCGUAUCCUACUAGACAGAGUUGUUUCCCAUUGGCAAGCAAUAUAUCACUUUCUUCUCAUGCUUCAUAAAGAAUUUCACAAACCCUCUCUCUACACAGCUGGCAUUUACUGAACUAUAAGAGAUUGUAUUGUACCGCAUAUAGACAUGUUAUUCACACAUCAGUUUUAACUUUUUUUUCCCCUCUGUUGCUCGUUAGCUUUUUUUUUACAUUACGACGUCAGCUGAUAUUGCAAUUAAUCAUGUUUGUUAGAAAAAAAAAAUAAAAAAAAAAAUGAAAAAUACCUUUAUUUCCAGAAAUCAAAUAUAUUGUAUAUUUAUAAUAAUCUGCAAUAUGUGUUCUACCUCAUUGUUCCAAAAGAAUGUUCAAUUUUUGUCCUUAUUGUUCCUAUAAUCCUUUCACAAUAAUCAUGUCAAGCUUUGGGGCGAAAAUUUAUUUAAACCAUAUUUUCACUGUGCAUCUAGCAGUUGUACUAAUGUGUCUCCAUUUAGACACAAUAUUAAGCAACACAAUUUAAAUGGGAAACAAACAAAAUGCAUUUUAUGUACCAUAACAGACCUAUGGCAUCAGUCUUCAGAACUGUCUGAUGUCCCCCUAAUUUUAUGUAAAUGAGGGUUAGGACAAUGUCUGUUUGUGCUCACGCUCAAAGUGCAAUUUCUGACCUUUUGAAUUGUGCAAACUAGUAUCUUCCGAGCUUGUUCCAGUAAUUAGAUAGAAACUUAGAAACAAAAUCCCACUAGAAUUUGAACCACGGGGAAUAGUAACAUCAAUCUGUGUUUUGUUACGUAAAAUAUAUUUGGCAUAUGUCUUUGAUCCAUAUUAAUAAAUCUAUAAUUCUCACUAUUCCAGCGUUUUGUUAAUUUAUGUUUUGUACAAGUGAGAUAUGUUGUUUCACCUUUUACUUAUUUGCAUAAUAAAGAUAUAUAUGUGUAAACC